AAUAAGGUUAUUCAUUUUAGAAAAGGUCAAUUUCAAGGUAUUCCUGUAAUUUUUGUUCCUGGAAAUGCUGGAAGUUAUCGUCAAGUUCGUUCUGCAGGAUCAGUUGCACUUCAGAUGGCCCAGUCUCUGAAUACUCAAUAUCAUUUUAAUUUUUUUGCAGUUGAUUUUAAUGAGGAACUAUCUGCAUUAUUUGGUGGUGUUUUAGAAAAGCAAACAGUGUUCUUGCAGGAAUGUGUUAAUUACAUAAGAAAACUUUACAGGAAUUCUAACACAAAAAUUAUUUUUCUUGGUCAUUCAAUGGGAGGAAUUAUAAUAAGGAGUCUCUUAGUAAAUGAAAAAUUUAAUUCAUCUGAUAUUUAUCUCAUGAUUACAUUAGCAUCUCCGCAUAAAAGACCAGUGAUUGCAAUGGAUCCAUUUAUAAGUAUGUAUUAUGAUAAAUUACAAAUUGAAUGGCAGAGAAAACGUUACAGUGAAUUGCAGCAUCUUUCGUUUAUAUCCAUUGCUGGUGGAAACAGAGAUUUGUUAGUAAGAAGUGACCUAACUAUUAUACCUUCUUCCUAUAAUCUGCAAAAUGAUAUCAAUGUUCAUACAAAUUCUAUUCCAGCUGUUUGGGUUUCUACUGAUCAUCUAUGCAUUAUAUGGUGUAAACAGUUAGUGCUUUCUGUUAUUCGCACUUUAUUUGAUCUUGUCGAUGUAAAGACAAAAGAGGUGACAACUAAUAUGACAUUACGACAAGAUGUUCUGAAUUAUCACUUUUUACAAAAGUCUAUGGGAAAACAUUUUCCAAAUUUUCCAAUAGGCCAUGUAACAUUUUCUUUAAAUGCUGAAUGGAUUAUGAAAAUAGAAAGAUCAUGGAGGUUUAAUCAAAAUAAGGCAAUGGAAUUUAUUUAUUUUCUUGUUCCUUUAAAUAAAGAUGAACAUAUCAUUGCUACAGCUACUGGACUGAUACAGUUUACCUGGGUUAUUGCUUGUAAUCAGACAAACUUCUCCUUGUCCAAGAUCAAUAGCCUUAAGUUGGCCAUCACCAAAUAUUUCAGUUCAGAAAGUGAAAAUCUAGUUAAACAAACUGAAAUGAUUCCAACCAAAACAUAUGAUAUGAGAAGAUUAAUAUAUGUGAAAUCUGAAACAUUGCUUGCAAAAGAAUAUUCACAUUUGCUUAUAAUUGCAUCACCUUCAGGAAAUAAGAUUGACAUUUUAUGUGAAAGAUUCAAAUUCAAACCCCGACAUCAUAAUAUUUUGUUACCAGAUAUUUUUCAGAAUUUGAAAGGAAUGUUUUCUGUAAAUAUCCUUAAUAUACCUUUGGCAGAUGGUGUUGUAUAUUUUAGAAUUAAAUUCAUAAAUCUUAAUUCUAUAUGGCAAGCAUAUAUACUAAAUUUGCACAUAACACGCUGUAAACAAGGAACUAAAUAUCAAGGAAUUGCUAAGUUAAUUAUUCCAUGGAGUAAAGAAAAAUAUUUUUAUAUGAUCAAAUCACAUACUGAAAUUCCUCUGAAAUUAAAUAUUCCACAGAUGUCAUUUGUUGAUAAUCAUGUGCAACUGCAUUUAAUAUUAGAUCCUGAAUGUGGUUAUAGUCUGACAGCUCAUACAUCAAUUGCUCACAUGGUUCAACAGUUCUUUAAAUUUUAUGUACUCUUAAUUCCAUCAUAUGUUGCUGCUUUAACUCUGUCUGUUUUGAGUAAACAAUUCUUCUCAAUUUCUUCAGAAGGUAUUUGUCCUUCAUUUAUACAAGCAUUGAACAAAUUUCCCUCUUUGUUUGGAUUAGUAAUGCUGCCCAUGAUUUAUUUCAAGAUGAGAGAUAUGAAUUAUCUUCCUGGUUUCUUGCCAUAUCCAGAUGAUUUUAUACUACAGAAUGAAGGUCUUUACUUUUUGGGUCUGAGACCAAUUUUGUAUUUCAUAGCUUAUGGCUUUAUUGUUCUCAUUUCAAGUGCCCAGUAUUAUUUUAUUACAAUAAAUGGAUAUUAUCUGAAUGUUUUGAAAAAUAAAUACUAUAAGAAUGGAACUGAAAGAAAAACAUCAAAACAUCUAUUUAUUCCUAUACUUUUAAUGUCAACUUUGUUUAUUUUUGCCAUGCUCUCAAGUAGUUUAUGUAUAUUCUUUUUAUUUGUCAUUGAUCUCAUAAAGCUCAUUCCUUCCUGUGGUAAAUGCAUUAUUGAAGAGGAUAGAAAAGGAAUUAAUUUUCGUACUAGAAGAUGGCAUAUCCGAAUGGCUGUUAAUUUUCUUCUAUUUUUAAUGUUUUGUUUAUUGAUCCCAUCUUUUAUUGUAUGGGUUCGUAAUAUCAAAAGUUCUGUAAUAUCUUCUCAAGAUCCCUUUUUAAUAAUAAUAAUAUUAAUCAUGAUGACAUGCUAUAUAUUUUGGAAAGAUGAUGAAUUACAGAUCAACAGAUUUGGCUAUAAAUUUUUAUCCUAUGUGCUUUACACUCUUGCUGUUUUAACAACUAUGUUUACUGUUAUCAAAAUUUACUAUAUUAUUUAUUCAUUUACAAUAGCCUUAUGCAUUAUAGCCUUUAUACAGGUAAUUAACAAUUAUAUAAAUAAAAUAAAAUGUGAAUAGUUUAAAUUUUGAACAACAAAUGUAUGAUUAUGUAAAUUUUAAAAAUUCAUUUUAUUUUGUUGUAAAGAAAUUUUGUAAAAU